AUGCCCGAACUUCCCGAAGUUCAUCGUGCCGAAAGAGCGUGUAAUGCUAACUUAGUUGGAAAAAAAAUCGUUCAUGUUGGAUCGCAAGAAGACAAUCUUGUUUUUUGUGAUAUAACAAAAAAAGAAUUUGAAAAAGGGCUACUGAAUAAAGUUGUAGUAGAUACGGGACGACGGGGAAAAUACUUUUAUUUUUUAUUCAAUGAAGGUCCGCACGUUGUUAUGCAUUUUGGAAUGACUGGGGAUAUUCGUUUCAAAGAUCAAGAGAUAUUUCAAUAUCGUAGACCAUCUAAGGAUGAUCCAAAAGAUUGGCCACCUCGCUUCUGGAAAUUCACCAUCACUCUUGUGGAAUUGUCAAAUUCAUCUUCGCAAAACGUAGUAAUGGCAUUCACAGACAAACGAAGAUUGGCAAGAGUACGUCUUGUCAAUUCACCUUUACAAGAUCCUCCAAUAUCAAAACUCGGAUUUGAUCCUUUACAAAGCAUGCCAAAUAGACAAACGUUUAGGGAAAAAAUUUUGAUGCGUCAUUGCCCUAUCAAGGCUCUAUUAUUAAAUCAAUCGUUCUCGGCUGGCGUUGGAAAUUGGAUAGCAGACGAAACACUUUAUCAAUCGCGUAUACAUCCGGCACAAUAUACAAAUACAUUAAGCGAUGAACAGAUUAUGGCAUUAUACGAUAACUUGAUAUAUGUUUGUCAAACUGCUGUAGAGGCUAACGCAGAUUCUAGUUUGUUUCCUUCUUCUUGGUUGUUUCAUUAUAGAUGGGGUAAAGGAAAUAAAGCAGGUGCAUUUAUGCCAGAUGGAGAAAAGAUUCUGUUUGAAUAUGUCGGUGGUAGAACUACUGCAAUUGUGCCGAGCGUGCAGAUUUUAAUUCAAAAUGCGUCGAGGAAUGACAGUUAUUAUACAAAUUUGAAUAUCAGAAAGUCAAACCGUCAGAAGCGAAUUACAGUAGUGGAAAUUUUGCAAUCUGAAAAUUCGGACAAAGAUUCUUCACCUAAACGUCAGCGCACAUCAAUGUCUCGUUUUCCUGCUCAAUAUGAACAAUGGUCUACCCAGCAGCAGCAAUGGAACUAUCAACAGCAACAACCAGCACAGUAUUAUCAACAGCAGCAACAAUCCUUUCACCAACAACAGCAUUCAUACCAACAACCUCAAUAUCUUUCAGAGUCCCAAACUAACUACGAGUAUAUGGAUUAUACACCGACAUCUUAUGACGGACCUACAACUUACACUGACGUUACUUACGCAUACCCAAAUAAUUCAAUAACCGCCAAUAUGCAACAAACUUCAUAUGACUAUAUAACUCCUCAACAUCAGAUUUUACGACAGCCAUUACAUCAACUACAAAUGCCUCAACAACAAAUCCCAACUGAAGUGACCAUGUUUCCUACUCAAAUUCUUCCUCAAGCCCGUGAGCGACAAGAUUUGCAGGAGCAACAAUUGAUAUCACAGUAUCCACAGCAGCAAGAAUCGCAGCUAUCACCACACAAACUUUUAUGGUACUUUGCGGAACAUUAUUUAUCUAAAGCAAAAACCACAGAAUUAUCUUCCACAUCCACAGUUAAUCAGCAAAAGUUAUCUUCGGAGCAACAGAAACAUAUUUUAGCUGCGAUCAAGUGCCUGGAGGCUGUGAUUAUAAGCGUUGCCAAUGGGUGCACAUACAUGCCUUUAGUUGAGCUAAAGACGCGGUUCAGGUUGAGUCAAAUUCUUUUCUGGUUUACCGAAAACGUUCGAGAAGCAGAAAGUCAUUUGCAGAAAGCUCUAGACGCUGUGGCUGAACUAAAAUUUAGAAUGAUUGAUCUUCAAUGUAAUAUUUUCAAAAGUGCUAAUAAUAUUAAAGCGGCACGUAAUAUCAUGAAAUCCGGUGUUAUGGAAGCAAUGGAAUGCAAUAUGCCUGAUUGGACAUAUCACUUUCUAUUACGGCAUGCAGAACUUUAUAACGCUGAGGGUGAUUUUAAUGGAUGUUUAUCAACCUUGAAACAAGCAGAAUCAAUGGCUGACCAAAGAGGCGAUAUUGAAAUGAAGGCGUGCCUUUUAAUAUCAAUUGUUCAAUACGCUUUUACAAAUCAAAACUAUUCAAUAACUCAGCAUUCACUUGCUGAACUUUCAACUAUAUAUUUCCCGCCGCCAUCAUCUCGUCCUCCACAAACUUAUCACAUUUUUCCAAUAUCCAACUAUCGUCUCCAUUUACACUAUUUGCUGUUAUAUGUAGCAUUUAAUAUGCAUACUGGAAAUGUAAAAGAUGCUACUGAAAAGUUGGCUGAAGUUCACAAUAUGUUGAAUCAAAAGCGAGAUGUAGAAAGUUCGGAUGAUGUGAAAGGUUAUACGACGAUUCAUGUUUCGGCUGCUCCUACAUCGUCAACUACCAUGACAUCGUAUCCAACUUCAACAGCUAAAAGCGUGCCAGUAAGAAUCAAAUUGUUGUCUAAGGCCGAAAUAUAUACGCUCACAUUUUUGAUCUCAAGGAUAUGCAACGGAAAUGCUACUAAUGUGGUGAUUUAA